AUGAUUGAUCCUAUACGUCACCACGUAUAUGCGGCAAUGACGUUGACAAAUGACUAUUUCUCCUGGCCCAAGGAAUACAAAGCCCAUAUGGAAGAUCAGGAAAUUCCUCUGAUCAAUGCUGUUCACAUCGUGAUGCAAUGUCAAUCUUGCUCGGAGGAGACAGCAAAGGAAGUCGUUGAAGCUGAGAUUCGUCGACACGAGACGCUUGUUUCUCGGUUCGAGGACAUGUAUGCGGAAUCGCCUAAUGCGUCAUUAGGUGUUAUCAAAUGGCUUCGUAUGUGUGAAACAGCCCUUGCUGGUUAUUACAUAUGGAGUUUGCAGGCACCACGCUACUUUGACGUCGAGUCAAUUCCAUAUAAGGACCACCUCGCUACCUUGACUGAAGAAAGUGUCUGGAGGUCAUCGGAUGUUGGGGGUGAUACUAAGGGAGGAGGCAAGAAACGGUAG